AUGAAAGAACUACCAAUAGAAAAGGAAUUAGAACUUAUCUAUGAAUAUACGUUAUCAGUGGAGUUUUUAAUACGGAAGUUCAGUGAUUAUAUAAAGAGAAAAAAAACACAAAAAAAAAUCAUUGCAAAAAAAGAAUUAAUUAGCAAAUUUAUUCUCAAAUAUUUAAAUAAAAAUAUUCCGUCACUUUUAUCUCGUCAUAUUAGGUGUGUCAAGAAUAACAAGUUUUAUGAACAAAUUUUUCUUUGUGCAUUUUACCAUAUUAUUGUAAAGUAUGUGGUGUAUGAUCCUUUGUUCUCUUUCCACAGAGACGCAAGUCGAGAUGUGCACCAUGGGCAGGAUGAACAAUUUGAAAAACAUGGUUCUUACAAAAGUGGCGAUAAUGAGAGGAACUCAUGUGGACAUACAAUGAAUGAAAAGAAUAAAUGCAAACAGAAUGACCAUGAAUCGAAAUUUAUAGAGAACAUAAAUAUACACUUAACUGCGACUAAAGGAAAUGAGACAAAGGAAGAAAUGUCCAGAAAGGUAACUGAAUACAUUAUGAAAGAGAAUAUACCAUGUAAGGAGCUAGAUGACGGACUUCUGAUCCUUCACUCGACUUAUGAACAAAUAUGUGAUGUUAUUUAUGCCUUUAGUAUUAUAUGCUAUUUAUAUGAGUUUCAUGCAUUCUUUAAGAUAAAAAAUAUUAAAAUUUUAAAAAAUGAUAAAUGUUUAUUUAAUUUUUUUAACUGGAUUUACAACUUUAAAUCGCGCCUUUUGAGGAAUAUGAAAAUUGGUGAAAUGAAUAAAAGCGGAAAAAAUGACAUGAGCGAUGCCAAUCAAUUGGAGGAAACACAGAAUCAAGACUUUUCAUCGAACGAAACGACUCACUUUUCGAAUGCCAAUGAAAAUAAUUUCGACAGUGAAAGCAAUAAAAAAGCAUAUGCGAUGGAAAGGGUGGAAUUUGGAAGCAACAAUAUAAAUAAAUGUGUAAAAAAAAAAGAUUCAGAAGAAAAUUCUUUCAACGUGUUCAAUAAUAUAUUUCAAGUGGAAAACGAAUUUAUUGACGAAGAAUUUUUUAAUUUUAUGUUAAUUAAGAGAAAAAAUAUAGAAAGUAUUUUUUUUGCACAUUCCAAUGAGGCACAAAAUUAUUGUGAAGGCAAUCCUGGCGAAGUAUUUUCAAUUGAACAUUUAGGAAGUGAUGCAAAAAUGAUGGAACGAAAAAUUGAAAAAAAUAAAAAAGGAGAUUAUCAAAAUAUUCAUUUCGAUAGAGAUGGAAACAUGGUUAGAGACGGGCCUCCAAAUAGAAUACGAGAUAACAAGAACAAAGUAGUUGUACCUAAUGUGGAUGAAUCUGAAGGGGAUAACGUCGAUGUAACAGGAUAUGAUUCGAUCAGAAAUAGUGUGAAAAUGGUUGACAGUUAUACAAGUAGAGGAAGGGCAAAUGUAAAAAAUUAUGACAGUAUAAAAUCUCAUUUUGAAUACUUGUAUAACGAGAUGAAGAAUGUAAAAACAUCAAAAGUGUACAUACCUCUCUGUCUAUAUGCAAAUUAUAUAUUCGAUUUUUAUCAAUUUAAUAUAAAAAGGAAACUAUGGAGAAUAUUAAAUUUUAAUUUGUGUUUUGAUGAAGACAUGUAUGAAUCUAGCAAAAAGAUUGAAAAAAGUUCCAUUUCAACAAAUAAUGCCAAUAGCUAUUUUUCAAAUGGAAACAAAAAUUACAAUAAUGACAUAAAGAAAAAAAGUUGCAUUACUUUUUAUAUAGGAGGUCUAGUUGAAUUCAUUGAUGGAAAAAAUUCUUUUGAAAGGAAAUAUGUUUUGGAUUCCUUAAAGAAAUGUAUUGAUAAUGAAUUGUUUAAUACUAAUAAUAUAUCAUGCGUGGAAGAAACUGAAACGGAUGAAAGGAAAAAUAAAAGUGAUACUGAUCAAUAUGAAUAUCAUAAUAUAUUUUAUGUUUCAAGCGGAAUAUGUGGAAGAGAAAGAGAAUUUUUAAAAAAAGUACCCGGUUGUAAGAAGAGAACCGGAAGCUUAGUGAACAAUUUUAUUCAAGAUGAAAAAUUUAAUUAUAACCAGGUUAAUGCAAAAGUGCGAGAAGAAACACAACUAUGUGAAAAAAUAAAUCAAAAUGAUAACAGAACAAUUCAUGACAGAUGUAAAAAGAAUGAAAAUGCAAAAAAAAAAAAAAAAAAUAUAGAUAAGAAUGCAUCUAAUUUUACAAAUAGCUAUAGUGAUGCGACCAUCGCGAUAAGUGAAUUUGUGAACGAAUAUAUAUAUAUGUUUAUUUGUUACGUUUGCUUAAAUGUAACAAAAUUAGCUAUUUUCCUAAUAGACAAGUAUAAUAUAAGCAUAUCCAGUGGGUACUUAGAUCUUAGCAGUUACAUAUACAUAUGUCAAAUGAAUAAGAUGAAUUCGAAUAUUUUGUAUUUUAUAAGAAAACAUAAUAUUCAUCAUUCUAUAUUUUCUAAUUGUGUUAAUAAUAGAGAUUUAAAAGAGAAUUAUCUUAUAUACCAAAAUAUUGAGUACACUGAGAAGACACGUAAAAAUAACGAUUUGUACUUAAAAUUUUUGGAAGAUAUUGUAUCACAUCAGCACAUGACAGGUUCUGGAGGCAAUAAAAGAAGUGCAGCUAGUCAUAUCCCCUAUUCCAACACAUGUAUCGGGAAUAGUAAUCUCUUAGCAAUUCCAGAAUUGCAAGGGGUUCGCCACAACUUAAAGAACAGAGGGCGGAGCCAUGACUGUGGCGAUGGGGGUAGAAAUGAGAGUGGUAACAAAGGUAGAAAUUCAAGUGAUAAUUUAGGUAGGAAUGAAGGUGACAACAUGGAUGACAAUAAUGUGGAUGAUAAUGCUAGCAUCAGUGAGAGUAUGGCUGAAGGAAUUAGUCUGCAAACCCGUGGGGACAGCAACAGCUGUAGCAACAAUGGAAUUAUUACCACACAGAAGAGCAAAGAAGAAAAAAAAUUAUUUGAGAAAAAAAAAACAAACAAUGGUUACGAUAGUCAACAUAUUUACUACUCUUCCAUGUCUAGAAGGAACUAUAUGAAUGAUGUUAAAAGAAAUGAUCUGAUAACAGAAAAUCAGAUAAUGUUGCCAAGUGAAGGAAAAAAGAAUACAUAUGAUAAUGAUAAUUUGAAACAUGGGAAGAUAGAUAUUAAAGAUAUUAAUGUGGAAAACAGUCAACUGGGGAAUGGUAUAAUAAUAACAAAUAGCAGUUCUAUAAUUACCCAUUUGAAUGAAGAAAUACAAUCUAGUGCUAUGAAUAUUAAUUUCGAAUCAACAGCAAAAAUAAAGACAAACAGGAUUGUUAGUCAAAAUAGUUGCAGUCAUCCAGACAUAAAUGUUAUUAAUGUUGAUGAAAGAAAGAGCAAUGGAAUGGUCGCUAAUUCUGAUGAUAAAAUGGAAAAGAAAAAAAAUGAAGAAUCCGAAUAUUCUCCAAAUUAUACUCAAUUAAAUUGUAGUAAAUAUUAUGUUGAUCCUGCGUCUAAUAAUCAUGAAAGGACAAAAUACAUUGAUAGCAUUGGUACAAAUAAUAUAUCGAAGAAGAAAGACCUAAGUAAUAAAAUGAAAAAAAAAUAUUAUGAUGAAGGAGAAAAAGAGAUGGAAAAGCAUAGACAAAAGUCAAAUUCGGAAUUUAAGAAUAUUAAUGUACUUACGAAUGAUAUGAAUAACCUAGUAAAUAAAUGCAACAAAAGCAGUUGUGAUAGCGUGAACACUAGAAGAAAAGGAAGAACGCACAGUGGCACUCCUAACAGUAUAGUUCUAAACAUUACACAGAUUAGCAAUAUAAAUUUUUUUAAUCAUAAUAUGUAUCCAAUUAAGUUAAAUGUUGUAUAUAAUUUAUACCUAAAUGAUAUUUUAAAAAGUGACGCAAGAAUUGCACAUGUUGUUGAUAAUUGUAAAGGGAAUACAACUCUAGAAUUAGAACUGAUCAAACAACAACUAAAAAAUGGUAAUGUGAAAUAUGCCAUUAGGUUAUUAAAGUUGUUCAAUUAUGAAUUGUUACAAUUUCCGAAUUUAUUCUUUUAUCUAAAUUAUAAAUCUUAUAAUUACCUUUUAAGUACAUUUGAUAAAAAAUAUAUUAUUUACUACUUGUAUGACAAUCCAAAGUAUUUGAAAAUAUAUUUUAGUGCAUUAUUAAAGAAGAAAAGCAUGGAUGCCUGUUUAAUGGCUCUAUAUUUCUUAUACCCUUUGUAUAUAUCAUCGGAAGACUUACAUUUUAGAAUGUUUUACUUUUUAUUUUUUAAUCCAAAAAAAACACAAAAAAAGAAUCACAAUAGUAACAUUGUACUUAAUGACCCGCAUUUAUGGAAAGACGAAAAUGAGAAUAAGGGUGGGCAGAAGAAUAAUAAAAUCGGGAAAAAAAAGGGAAGAGCCACCAGUUGUGGUUCUUUUGCAAAGGGAGGAACCACAGAGGAUGGGGUGGGCAUCGACAUGGACGCAAAUUCAUUUACUUUCGAAAGUAUAAAUCGGAAGUGGAACUACAAUGCCAUUUACUCUUUUGUGAAAAACGAAUGUGUAAUAAUAAACGAUCUUCACUUUGCUUUCAAAAACGAAGAAAUUAUGCCAUUUGACAGCGUGACAAGGAAAAUAUAUAAAUUAUCAGACUUGUGCAAAUAUUUUGGUAUUUUUGAAAAGUUUAAAAAAUUGAACUCAGAAAUUAUUAAAAAUUCGUUCAACUAUUUGAUUAAGAGGGACGGAAAAUGUUCAUGUCAAAAAAAAUUUAUUUGCAUAAAUGAUCUAGGUGCUUCUUUAAAAGUGGUUAGAAUUAUUGAAUCAUUUGAGGAUUUUCUUAUAUUGUAUGAACACAUAAAAAAAAAGGAGAAAGUUAUAUUUAUAGAUGCGGAAUGGAAAUGCUCUGUAUUUAGAGAAAAUCCAAUUAUAUCAAUUUUUCAAAUUGCCUUGAAAGAUAAUCCAUUAUCCUACAUAAUUGAUUUGAAAAAAAUAUCUGUUGAAAAUUAUGAAGUUAAUUAUUACAUUUCAGACAUUUUCAGAGAUCAAAAUAUUAUAAAAAUAGGAGUGGCAUUUUUAACUAAUGAUAUGUUACAUUUUAGAAAGUAUUACGACAUUUUUACCAUGUUGAAACUUGAAAAAUAUCACAAUAUAUUGGUAGAUCCUGCAAACCAGGGAUCAGAUGAAAACCAAAAAGAGAACAAUUUUUUUCCCUCCAUUGAACAAAUAUCUGAAAAGCCACAACUGAAAUGUAACACUACGAGCAGUUGGGAUGUACUGUUACAAAAAGUUAUGAAAAGUUUGCAUAGUGAUGAAGGGAUUAGUGAGGAGUUAGCUGCUCCUGUGGAAAAUGCAAAUGGAGGAACAAGUGGAAGAAGUGUAAGUGGCGAAGGGAACCACGUGAACAAAAAUAAGCAAAGACAUCAUUUUAGAAAAAAUAACCCCCAUUUUUCAAAUAAUGGAGAGAGAAAAAAAUGUGGAAAAGAAAAUUAUAACCUGAGUGAUGAUAUAAGUUUUAAAAAUAUAUUUCCUGUUAACUAUUUUUUAAAAUAUAGAAAAAAUGUGUCACUAAUUGAUAAACAUUUGAACACAAAAUGUAAAAUAUGUAAUAAAGUUGGUAUAUAUAGUUGUAUACACAAGUACUAUGACUUGGAAAAUAUAUACUUAAAAUAUUAUGAACAACUAAAAGCAUAUUUUCCUGACCUUCGAAAAAAUGUGAACUAUUCUGUAAAAAUUUUCGGUAAAGCUCUAUUUCCCGAAAAGGAAGUUAAUAAAGAAUGUCAAAUAAUUAACUGGAAUUUUAGACCUCUUUCUUCCAGUAGUGUUGAGUACGCCAUACUGGAUGUUCUUAUCCUGAAGAACUUUUUUAGUUUAAUUCAGACCAAACUGCCUUUUAACAUCGAGUGCACCCUAUGA